GAUAAUAUUCAGAAAAAAAUACGGAGUAUGAAAGAGAUAUUCAAAUGUGGGGCGAAAAACAUAUAAGUCGAAUCUUCACAUCUAUUUGGGCCCAAGUUCUUCCAACCCGGUUUAAAAAAAAAAGUUCUUCCAACCCAUUUACUCUUCCUAGAAAAAUGGCUAGAAAAACUCCCCGCAAGUCCACUCUGAACUGGCUUCCUUAUCCGUCGUCUUCAGGGUCUGUCACGCUUCAUCCAAAGCUUCUGGAGUGAGCUCAAGUUCAACUCUUUACCUUUAGGACUCUUACGGACAUCUUAUUCUGUCAUGGCUGGUGACUCUGGGACUGGCAUUUCUAAUGGCAAUGUCAAUGUGCAGUCUGAUCCGCAGAGGACCUACCAGAUUGUAGUUGCUGCCACUCGCAAUUGGGGUAUUGGCAAGGAUGGAAAAUUACCUUGGAAACUACCAUCUGAUUUGAAGUUCUUCAAAGAGGUUACCGUAACAACAGCUGACCCUAGUAAAAAGAAUGCUGUUGUCAUGGGCAGAAAGACUUGGGAAAGUAUUCCUGUGGAUCAUCGCCCUCUCCGUGGCCGCCUGAAUGUUGUCCUUACUCGCUCUGGCAGUUUUGACAUUGCCACUUCAGAGAACGUUGUGAUUUGCAGCAGUUUAGGAUCUGCUUUGCAACUGUUGGCAUCUUCUCCUUAUUAUCUAUCGAUCGAAAAAGUCUUUGUCAUUGGUGGUGGUGAGAUUUUCCGGGAGGCUCUUAAUGCCGAUAAAUGUGAGGCUGUUCAUAUUACUGAGGUUGAGGCAGACAUUGACUGUGAUACUUUCAUGCCAGCUAUUGAUAUGACUGCAUUUCAGCCCUGGUGCACAUCAAUCCCUUUGGAAGAAAACAAGAUUCGAUUUUCUUUCACCACUUAUGUUCGUGUGAGAAGUCCUGAAGCUGACUCCCUUACUUCAAAUAAUGUUCUCAAUCUUGAUAGCGGAUCAGAUGUUGCAAAGUCUGAGGUGAAAACAUUCUCUUUCUUGCCUAAGAUGAUUUUUGAGAAGCAUGAAGAGUACUUGUAUCUGAGGCUGGUUGAGGACAUCAUAAACAAUGGUGUCUCUAAGGAUGACAGGACUGGAACUGGUACACUGUCAAAGUUUGGUUGCCAGAUGCGGUUCAAUCUACGGAAAUCCUUUCCACUUCUUACAACAAAGAAAGUAUUUUGGCGAGGUGUUGUUGAAGAACUCCUAUGGUUCAUAAGUGGUUCUACAAAUGCAAAAAUCUUACAAGAGAAGGGCAUUCAUAUAUGGGAUGGAAAUGCAUCAAGAGACUACCUUGAUAGUAUUGGUUUAGAGGAUAGAGAAGAGGGUGACUUAGGACCAAUAUAUGGAUUCCAGUGGAGACACUUCGGUGCCACGUAUACAAACAUGCAUGCUGACUACACUGGCCAAGGAUUUGAUCAACUUCUGGAUGUUAUCAACAAGAUUAAAUACAAUCCAAAUGAUAGGCGUAUUAUUCUUUCUGCUUGGAACCCUUCUGAUCUCAAAUUGAUGGCACUUCCUCCUUGCCACAUGUUUGCAGAAUUUUAUGUGGCCAAUGGUGAGUUAUCAUGUCAAAUGCACCAACGGUCUGCUGAUAUGGGUCUUGGAGUGCCAUUUAACAUUGCUUCUUACUCCCUUUUGACCUGCAUGAUGGCCCAUGUUUCCGGCCUUUCUCCUGGUGAAUUUGUCCAUGUCAUUGGAGAUGCUCAUGUUUACAAAACUCAUGUCAGACCUCUACAGGAUCAGCUUCAGAAGUUACCUAGGCCUUUCCCAAUACUGAAGAUCAACCCUGAGAAGCAGGACAUAGAGUCCUUCAGUGCUGAUGACAUUAAGCUGAUUGGCUAUGACCCUCACCAGAAAAUAGAAAUGAAGAUGGCCAUUUAAAAUAGUUCCCGAUUCUAUUUGGGGUGAAUAAACAUGAGAUUCUCCCCCACAUGGUUUUAUACAUUCUGACAGGUAAUGGUAGUAAAAUAGUAGGGACUCACAAUCCUUUAGUUCUGCGGUGACACUCGGUCAUUCUAAAGGGAUUUAGAAUGUGUUGUUUUCGUAUGCUUUUAUUCCUAACUAUUGGGGACUUCAUUUUUUUAGCUUCCCCUCAAAUCACCCUUUCAUUUACUGAAAUCAAGACAUUCUACUGUCAAUUUUACACUUGUGCCCAUGUUAUAUAUGAAGAUGUUCUUGCUUUAGAGAGUAUUG